AUGGAUAACGUCAACCCCGUGCUCUACAAAAAGACAAACGGUCCUUCGACUACCGAGUCGCAGGAACGGUUUGUAUUAAGCACAAAAGAAAAGUCGUUUUUCUACAUCGACCACCAUAUGGCGUUGGAUUCGGACGACGAGGCCAAAGCCGUAGACAAGGCCGCCAAUAAUCUUUUUAAGCCGACGACCGAAUUCGAGCCCUUCGAAGUCCAGGAAAUAUUCGACAUUAUUCGCGGUAUUAAGGACCCUGAGUACUCGUACACACUGGAAAAUCUAAAGGUCCUGGAGGAGCAGAACAUACACAUCGACAACGAUAACAGCAUCGUCACCGUCCACUUCACGCCUACGGUACCACAUUGCUCUCAGGCUACGGUUAUAGGACUCAUGAUCUACGUGAAGCUACAACAAAGCCUCCCUCCUCGCUUCAAAAUUGAUGUGCAAAUUGCGGAAGGCGAUCAACAAACAACUCCUAGACAAGGAGCGCGUCGCGGCAGCCCUGGAGAAUCCCGUGCUACUGGAGAUGAUAAACGAUGGGAUAUACUACAACAGCUUAUCGCAAAACGACCUAAUUACAAUCUGAGCGUCGCCAAUAGGACAGAGCGCCACGAUAAACCAACAUCGCAGCACAUGUUACUAUUUGGAUGCAAUGGAUUCGCUCCUCCUAGGUUGGCCAGGUGGUUAUCAAGGCAAAGUCCUCAUCCCUAUGCAUUCGUGACAAAUGCAGGUGUGAUCUGCAACCGUGAAUCAGCUAACUCCAGCUGUGAUGUAAAUCGUGGCGCCGUGUUAAGAGGCUCAUCACAGCGCACGAUCCAUUGCUUAUCGAGGUCAGACGGAAAUGAGGCGGCGCCAAAUCCGCCCAUGGGCGACCAAAGCCCAACAAAUGGAGAUUAUAUGCCUGGGUUCGGUUCAUACGUGGAUAAUGGGGCGUCAGCUUUAACUGGUGGAUUGAGUGAGCGAUAUGCAGGUCUUAAGGACGCCAACAAACCGAAAGGAAAAGAACCCGAAAACAUAAGCGGAGAAGUGACAGAAGACGCUCAGCCUGGGGAAAUCACGGACGAAGACGUCAUGAAAAUGAAAGUCGCAUUAUCUCAGGCAACCACUCUGGGCAUAGACUUCGUCAAGUGUAUCGAGACGCUGCAAACGUCCCCAUACUCCACGGUAUCUCCGACGACAAUUGCCUACAAUUCGGCAUUAUCAGCCGCAGAGAGGAACUCUAAUGCGGAGCUGACAUUGGCGAUUCUAGACGACAUGCGCAAAAAGCAAAACGUUAUCGACGCCGUCAGCUACAAACUUGCAAUAUGUACGUGCGCCAAAUGCGGAUAUACCCACGACGCACUACAACUGUAUGACGAAAUGAUCCAGAACAAACAUGCGGCGGACCACGGGGUCAUGCGCGCCAUCAUGGCACAGCUGGCAAAAGAGGGAAGGGGUAUGGAGUGUAGUAGGAUAUUUCAGGACAUGAAAAAGCUGGAUGCCGUCGCGAAAGGUGACGAAACGUUCGUGCAACCGGCAGACUGCCUCAAAGUGAUCGAGGCGUGCUCCAAGGCACAAAUGUACGGAGAGGCGUUUGAAGUUUACAAGGAAAUGAAACAGCUUAAAAACUACGUCCCAACACCUAUUGUGGUCAACGAGGUGUUAUCUAUGUGUUACAUGACGGGGAAUUGGCGAGAUGCAAUGGAACUUUACGCGGGACUAGUGAAAGAAAACAAAACGCCGACCCUGCAUCAGUUCAAGCUCUUGUUGAGCACACUGCUCGUCUCGCGCAAAUUCACAGAAAUGGAGUCGGUCUAUAACCAGAUGCAACAAGAAUCCAUACAAAUGGAUGCCGUAUCCUACCAACUACUCCUGGACGCUUACGCGAAGACGGGCCAAUUCAAAAAGGCACUCAAAAUUAUUGAGGAUAUGGAAAAGCAGAGGCUAUUUCAAGGGCGUUACGAGCCCUUCAUAUCCGCAGUUGAAGCUUGUAGGCAGUCAGGCGAGUGGAAGCUUGCACUGCAAUUGUUGAGGAAAGCUCACGACCAUAAUGAGCAUAAAUCGAUCGACAUGUACAACGCUGUGCUGGCGGUGUUCUCCGUCGCAGAGGAAUGGGAUUCCAUCAUAUCCUUGCAUCGCGAAAUCGAUAACGUGUGCAAAGAAUCAUCGGGAACGGUAAACAACGUGGUUAUGAACGGCGACACUGUAGCGUACGCUGCCAUGGCUUACUUCUACACAGGGGACAGAACACAGACGAGCAAGCUACUGCAGUUGCCUGUAACUGACACACCGCUGCUCCUAAAAAUAAGGAGCGGCAUCCAAGCUGAGAUUCUGUCUGAAGCGCCAGCGGAAGCGGAAGGACGCGUGUAG